CAAAUAGAAAAUAUUGAAAAAUUAUCUUUAGACUUUAGGUUUUGAAAUUAUCAAUUGCCGGAGACUGCCGAUUGCAUUUCUUAUGACUCUAUGAAGUGUUCGACUUCCUUUACGAGACAUCGUAGGGCAAAAUGGUGUGUUUUGGUAGAAAAAUCACGGCGUUUUCAUGGGAUCCAAGUCUAAAUUUCUGAAUAAAUAUCUGGGAUUAUUUCACCAAGGAGGCUCAAUGAAUAAACUAGAGCACGAAGUGGUUCAUUCUGGAUGGAUGACAAAAUCCCCGCCAGAACGAAAGCUGUUGGGGCCUUGGAAACUGUUUCGGGUGAAAUGGAAGAAGCGUUAUUUUGUGCUGUGUAAGCCGUCAGGUAGUUUACCAGGACAAUAUGAAUUAAAUUAUUUUAACGACCAAAAAUUUACGCGUAAAAAAGGCACCAUAGAUCUCGACCAGUGUGAACAGAUUAUCGAAUCUCUCGAUUCAGACCAGUUUCCCUUCCUCUUCGCCAUUAAGACAAUCUGUAAAGGGAGAGAACGAACGUAUUUUUUGGCUACAGAUACAGAAGACGACAUGGCCAAGUGGGUCAGUAAUCUCUGCAGUGUCUGUGGACUAAAACAGGAAGAAAGCCCUGAAGACCUCCCUGAAACGAAAACAGAAAUCCCAAAAGAAAAGGAUAAGACCCCUGUGGUAGCCGUAAACGAUCAAACCUUGCCGAAAACCAUGACAAAAGUUCCAGUCGUCACACAGCCAUCAAGCAAACUCUCGUCGCAGUUAUCAACAUCGGAAUCAUACAUACCUUUACAAGAAUGUCGGACGGGGAAUCAAAGACAGUCACCUAUUGACAGACGGGAGAGUGUGGAUAGUGUUCCGGACGAGUUAGCUCCCUUGCCACCGCGAACGGGACAACCAAAUUAUCGUGAUAGUAAUGACGUGUUUGAUUCUGGAUUAUAUAGUGUUCCACCAAUCAAAACCCCACAUAUAUCAUUCGAUGAAUUUUAUUCAGUACCACCGCCAUUACAUGCUUAUAGAAACUUAGAUAUGGAUUGUCAGGACGAUUUAACUUACGAUGUGCCGCCCAGACGCGGAAGUCCAAGCACCCCGCGAUCUAGUUGUAGUGGCGGUGCCGAUUCAACGCUAUCUGGAGGUAGACCAGUCACACCACAAGACUUACCAACAUACGAUACUCCUCCAACACGGCCAACGCCAUACCCUCGUCAAUCAUCACCACAAGUACCCCCGAAUCGUCCCCCACGCCCUAAUACUUCAACCCUUCAACAAAACAACUAUCAAAAUCUCCCCACAAAUAGUCACGCGUUCUCGAAUAAUGAUUUAAGCGCAAUAAUACCAUCACCCCCUAGAGGAAUCGAUCGUCCAUUGGUAUUGGAUAAUUACGAUAUUCCGAAACACCACAUAGAGGACAAGCGUGAAAGUAAUAUAAACAUUGUGCCCGCUCCACCCAAACCAUGUACGAGAACAGCAAGUAAUAAACAUGCAUACAUCAACGCAGCUACAGGAUAUGUGCAAAAUGAUGACGAUAUGUACUUAUCAAUGGAUAAACCUGAUACUGGCGGCAAUAAACACGAUUCUACAUAUACAGACAUGAUGACAGUAGUGUCGCCACCUAUUCCCGCUCCUAGACCACCAGAAACCUUAGUAAAUAACGUAAAUGAUUUGUAUGUGUCGCCCCCUACAGCAAGAUCCCUACCGAGGCCAACAGUUUUAUCCCGGAAUCAAAACGCUGUGGGAGAUGAUGUACAUUCAAUAUGGAGUACUACGAGAACGAAAAGUUUUAAAAAGCAUCAAAAUGGCACGUUACCGUCUGCUUCAUCAUCUAGUUCCUCAUCAGUUAUUAACAGUCGACCCAGUAUUCCUUCAAAGAGCCCUGCGGUAGUUUUGCCUCACAGGGAUGGUAACAUUAGUUCUGAUGAUGAAGGAUUAAAUCCAAUGCAGAGAAUUCGUGGGGUCCAGAGUAUUCCACCACCACCCGCUGAAGAGAAAGAGUUGAAAUAUCUUGAUUUAGCGCUGGAAGAAACGAACGAUAGAGAGUCCGUUCAUAUGAGAAGUUUGCCAAUGAAAAAUAUCAACGCUAAUUCCACUCCUACAGAAUAUCGAGAAAUAGAUUUCGUGAAAACGGAAGCGUUGAGUAAUACGAAGAGAUGGGGAGAUGACCAGCGUCAACAUGAAAAGCAUAAUUAGAUAAUCGCUGUAUAUAUAUAACGGUCACCAGAUUCAAUUUUAUCAUUAAUAAAUGUUGAAUAGAAUUAACUUUUGAUAUUACAUAAUGUGGUAACUGAUGUUAAAGAAACAUAGAACGCAUGACAUUUCCAGUUUAAUUAAAAUUGGAUCGUACUUUCAUAUGGUUUUCACUAAGAUGUAAAUUUACACUAAGGUUUAACAAUAUGUUUUAGAAGUUUGUGUUCAACUGAUCUGGCUUGACCACUUAUUUAAAAAGACGGAGUUAGAUUUGAUGUUGAGUACACCGACAAUAUAUCUAAUCAGUUAGACCCUUUUUCCAUGUGCGUAUUUUAGCUGGUGAAAAUGUCGGGCUAAUGCAAAUGUAAUGGGAUCGUUUCCAUAUAACCAAUGAAAACAGUGAGGAAAUACUGAAAACGCCCACAGGGAAAACUGGCUUUGUAUGGAGAAUUCACCUGAGAAUUUACCUACAGUUGGUGUAAGGGAAAUAACUCUAUUAUAGAACAAAUAUUUGCCACAUUUCAAAAAUUAUUGCAAAAUACUAAUUGUUAAAUAACAAAUUAAUUCAGCAUGAAAUUAUUUGUCAUUUACCUUUGAAAGAGACGAUGGUCUAAAAACUGUAAUUGUGUCUGUGUCGAGUUAACAAUAAUUAUCCAGCAGCCUUUCAUUGGGAGAGAGAUGAAAUUUCUACAAAAAUAGCAACUCUCAACUAAUGAAAAGGCAGUAUCCUUAAAAUAUUUUCAUAUUCUCUAAAAAGACAUCAGACAUCUAAAUUAGAUGGUUAUACCCGAUUUCAUUUCAAAAUUAAAUUCAAUAAGCCUAUAGUAGGCUACACAUCAGAAAAAUGUACCUCAUUAUUUUUCAUUUCAAAAUUAUAAACAAUAAGUUUCCUAUUACCUAUGGUACACAUCAAUAAAAAAAACAUACCUUAUUUUAUUUCAAAAUUAAAUUCAAUAGGCUUAUAGUACAUAUCUGAAAAAUGUACCCAAUUUUAUUUCAAUAAGUUUUCUAAAACCUAUAUUACACAUCAUAAAAAACGUACUCAUUAGCUUUGUGUGAUUCUGUAUUUAUAACAUAAAUUGGUCAGAUUUUCGCAGCUUAAAUUCUUAGAAAAUGGAUAUUUAUUUAUAAAGCUGUGUAUAUAUUAACCUCAUAUAUUAUGGUAUAUAUAUUUUAUUCAAUUGUUAUUGUUGUUUAUUAUUUGUUGAUGUUUUUAGUUUUACUUAGAGUUAUAAUAGUUAACAAGGGUGGACUAGGCGCUGGCCGUCGGACAUGGUCCAAGGGUCCCGAAGGGAAAAGGUUAAUUGAGCUAGUUUCAUUUUCUCAGCAUUUCAAGUUGUCCUAGCCCCAAUGGGUGCUUAAGGAAACAAGUUGGUCUGGGUCCCCAAGGCUACCCAGUCUGCCCCUGAUAGUUUAUACAUGUAUAACCUUGUUAAAGAUGCAUUAUGUAAUAUAUAGAUAAAGAGCUCUUACAUAAUGCAUUUUUAAUACAUGUAUAAAGACUAUAAGUUAUAAUAGUUAAUACAUGAACUAAGACUAUAUUUAUAAUAGAUAAUACAUGUCCAAAGACUAUGAGUUAUAAUAGUUAAUGCAUGUAUAAAGACUACAAGUUAUAACGGUUAAUACAAAGACUAUGAGUUAUAGUUAUAAUACAUGUACAAAGACUAUGAGUUAAUACAUAAUACAUGUAUAAAGACUACAAGUUAUAACAGUUAAUACAUGUACAAAGACUAUAGUUAAUACAUGUACAAAGAGUUUUAUUAUUUUUAUCAAAAUGUCAGAUAAACAAUAUUGUUGAUAUAAGUCUAGAAUUAAUAAAUAUAGUCCAAUGUACAAUAAUAAAAAUAUAGUCUUCGGAAGAUUUCUGCUGACAAAUGGCCAUUAUUAUAUGAUAGAAUAAAAUGUAAUUUUAUUUUAUAAAGUUUAAAGCUGAACCAUGUCUCCAGUGGCUGAUUUUGAAGAAUUACAAAGUUUUUUUUAACAACACAAUAAAAUAUCAGUUACUUCCCUUUUACACAAAUAACUAAAGCGGGCCAUAUCUGUGUUGGCGACCAUUUGCAUUGCAUCACAUUGAGAGUGUAAAACAUGUUUUACUGACGUUACCCAGAGAUUUUUCAGUCAUACUCGUGGUUGCUGUCAGUAACCAUAAAUGCUCAGGUAGAUCAGUCAGUUUUGGCAAGUCGUGCACCUAGAUGCUAGUUGUGUUAAGUCAUACAUAUGAUCUGCGGCCCGCUUUAGACACAGAUUACUCUAAGCAAUAUUACUAUAAUAACAACAUAGCCAAAGUAACCAGAUUUUUUUUUUUUAUUAUUAUUAUUAUUUAAGUUUUACAAUGAUUUAUGUAUUAUUAUUAUUUUUUUUUAUAAAUUUACUGAGAAUAUACUUAAUAUGUACGUUAAACCCAGGUUAACAAGAUAAAAGGUCUAGGCCCUGGUUAACAAGAUAAAGGUCUAGGCCAUGGUUAACAUGAUAAAGGUCUAGGCCCCAGUUAACAAGAUAAAAGGUCUAGGCCUCGGUUAACAAGAUGAAAGCCGUAGGCCCAGGUCAACAAACUAAAGAUUUUUUUUUAUUAUUGUUUAUUUCUGAAACAUACUUAAAUGAUUUUUAUACAUAACUUACAAUACCUGUACAUUUUGUAACAUUAUACUUAUUAGUUUUAAUCAAAAAAAUACAUCAGUGGUCAACAAUCAUGAAGAUUUUGUUUAUGUAUUGUUUAGGUAAUUAUGGACAAUAAACUUACAAUAUCCAUACUGUU